AUGCCUGACUGGUCCGUUCACUGCCGCAUGCUAGACCUGGCUGUGGCUGAGAAGGCUGCACUGGACAAAUCCAGAUCGCUGCCUGACACCCUGGCCAGCUUCUUGCCGGAGGAGGCCCUCCGGAAUGCUUUCAAAGAGAAGAUCCGCAUCUUUAUGGCCGACGGGGAAUUUAGCGAGCCUCUGGCGGCCCGGCUGAGUAAAGUCCAGGGAACCCUUCCGGGCCUGAAAGCGAUCAUGAGAUGCUCCGUCCACAGCGGGCAAAGGGCGCUUGAGAAGGCCCUAGCGACUGACCCGGAUGUUCAGGUUCUUGUCAAGAGUUGGGUGCUAGGAUUCUCCGAUGGCAGUGGCAAGAAUCCUGGCGGAUUCUGCCGAGCCGUGCGAAACUCGCAGAAGCUCCAGCGGCUGACAGCAGAGAAACAGCUUGAGGUUCUUGACGAAAGCCUGAGGCGAGUGUCCCAUUUCGGGUUUGCGCCCCAACGUUUUAACACGGUGUGCGACGCUUGCGUCAACGUGUCUGAGAACAUCGAAGCAGUCUGCAAUGUCCUGAGCCAUCUCGCAGCGGUGGAUGAUCAACUGUCAGGUUGGGCCACAGAGCUUCUACAAAAAUGUUUUCAGCCGGAGAGGCUCCUCCAACUGGGCUUGAUAGCGGAGCUUGCCUGUGCCGCUGCGAACCGCGGCUGCAGGAAAUUCACCCACUCACUGGACGGCUCACAUCUGCGACUGGCCUCGACAGCACACAAUCUUCAGCAGCUCGAGCGCCUGAUCAAUAGACUCUUCGACUUUCGGAGUCCGGCAGGAGAGAUGCAGCAGCCGCUGGUUCUGGAUGACUCCUAUGCACAUGGCUACGUGCAAAGGCUGCAGGCGACCCUACAGCUUGAGCAGAACAAGUGCCUGGUUGUCAAGCAAAAGUUGGUGUUCUGGCACAGCGGCAGCAGCAGGAACAAGCUACGAACCUUCGUAGCCAAGGAGCUCGGUGCCAUUCGCAACAUCGCUCAGCUUUUUCUUCAGGGCCUGAAAGCCGAUGUGGAGGUUGGCGUCCAGUCAUCCCUUGCUCCCUUUGAUGUCAACCAUGCCAUGUGCAGCGACGAAGCUUUGCCAGAGCCUGACAUCUUCAAACCGCUAGCAGCGGCUGCAGAAGUGGAGGUGACACAGCUGGCCAAAGAGUUCCUUUUGGCACGUCCUACAGCCAUGCUGGUGAAGUCACAGCCUCGCGGCGACAAGUUUUUUCUUAACAACAGGUCAUUAAUGAAGGUCCGCCUCGACGGGCCGACAGCCGACGAGCUUGUCCAGCGCCAGGCCAACGAAAUCGUCGCCAAGAAGCCCUGCCUGAAAGU